CAACCCUCGGCAGCCCGGGGCUGUGGGCACAGGUGUCAGUCCCGCUGGCGGAGCUCCCGGCUGCGAAGGGCGGGAUGCUCCAGAGCAGUGCUAAGACGCACUUAGUGCGCCCGGUGAGGGCGCGCGGCCCCCCAUCCUAGUAGCUCGUCCAACUUCCUCGAAGGACACUAACCCUCCCCACGCUGCGCCCGCGGAAGAGAGAACCGAGGUGUGCACCCUAGCUGUAGGGGGAAUGUGGGGAGCCCAGGCUCUGGGGAGCUGCUCCCACGCCGGGGACUGGAGCUUCUCUCCCGCCUCCGAGGGCUGGAGCUGCUUCCGUGAUCACUGAGUGGAAAACUGGGGCUCCGCAAGGGGAGGCGAGAGCCCCGGCUGGAGAAGGUGCUAAAAGGAACUGAAUGAAGCUUUGCGCAGCCGAAUGGGUGUCUGAUCCCAUCUGGAAUGAAGCGAGAUGCAGUGAAUGAUUCCUCUCCAGGACCCCGAGAAGUGCUUCAGCAGAUGGUACGUGAACAGUACACUACCACAACACAAGGCACGAGCCUAGAGAGGCCAGAGAACCAGUAUGUCUACAAAAUUGGCAUUUAUGGCUGGAGGAAGCGCUGCCUCUACCUGUUUGUCCUUCUUCUGCUCAUCAUCCUAGUUGUGAAUUUUGCUCUGACGAUUUGGAUUCUUAAAGUCAUGUGGUUUUCUCCAACUGGAAUGGGGCACUUGCGUGUUACAAAAGAUGGCCUCCGUCUGGAAGGGGAGUCUGAAUUUUUAUUCCCACUAUAUGCCAAAGAAAUUCACUCCAGGCUGGAUUCAUCUCUACUUCUACAAUCUACACAAAAUGUGACUGUCAAUGCUCGAAAUUCCGAAGGAGAGGUCACAGGCAGAUUAAAAGUUGGUCCCAAAAUGGUAGAAGUCCACAGUCAACAAUUCCAGAUCAACUCCAAAGAUGGCCGGCCUCUGUUUACAGUUGAUGAAAAGGAAGUUGUGGUUGGUACAGAUAAACUUCGAGUAACAGGGCCUGAAGGAGCUCUUUUUGAGCACUCAGUAGAAACACCACUUGUCAGAGCAGACCCAUUUCAAGACCUCAGGCUAGAAUCCCCCACGAGGAGCCUAAGUAUGGAUGCACCAAGAGGGGUCCAUAUUAAAGCAAAUUCUGGGAAGAUUGAAGCUCUCUCUCAAAUGGACAUCAAAUUACACAGUAGUGAUGGCAUGCUUGUGUUGGAUGCUGCCACCGUGUGUCUGCCUAAAUUGGUUCAGGGGACUCGGGGACACUCUGGCAGCUCUCAGAGACUCUAUGAAAUCUGUGUGUGCCCAGAUGGAAAGCUUUACCUGUCAGUGGCUGGAGUGGGUUCCACCUGUCAAGAAAACAGUAGUGUCUGUCAAAAGAGCACCUGAACAUGUCAUCGAGUUGUCAAGGCACAUCUCUGUGAGCUUGACAAUUCUCAAUAAAUAAUUAUCCUGGAUUAUGAGGCUUCAGAGCUGGAAUGUGUAUCCUGCCUCUGGGACUUUAUGAAGCACGGACACAUACACACACACACACACACACACACACACACACACACACACACACACACACUCGAACUUUUUUAACUGAACUCAGAAUAACUGCCAGUGAAAGUGUAUGGAUGGGGGCAGCUAGGUGGCACAGUGGAUAAAGCACCGGCCCUGGAUUCAGGAGUACCUGAGUUGAAAUCCGGCCUCAGACACUUGACACUUACUAGCUGUGUGACCCUGGUCAAGUCACUUAACCCCCAUUGUCCCACAAAAAAAAAAGUAUGGCUGAAACUCUGUGUUCUAGAGGUGGCGUCAAGACUUGAGCCAAAGGAUACAUUUAAGAAAAAUGAAAAGAAUUUCUUUGCAACAUUGAACUGUUUAAUUUCCAUUAGAAUGAAGAGUGAAUUGUGAAUAUUUCCUUGUUUUCCCCCUUCUCUGAAUACUUGUAAAUACACAAUGAAAUGGUACAUCACUGUGUGGAAUUC